ACAUUGAUGAGAGAAUCACAUUCAGGGCAGGCUAGGGACACGGGGUUCUGGAAGGACCUCCUCAGCAUGGCCCAAGCCUUGCAUGCUGUGGCUCUUAAAUCCAGGAAAAAUGGCUGACCCCAUGGACACCUCCUCAAACUCUCUGCAGUGGAUGUGAUUCUGGAUCCAGACAUGGCAAACGCCAUCCUCCUUGUUUCUGAGGACCAGAGGAGUGUACAGUGUGCUGAGGAGCCCCAUGACCCACCAGACAACCCUGAGAGAUUUGAAUGGCAUUACUGUGUGCUUGGCUGUGAAAGCUUCAUGUCAGGGAGACACUACUGGGAGGUGGAAGUGGGGGACAGAAAAGAGUGGCAUAUAGGGGUGUGUAGUAAGAACGUGGAGAGGAAAAAAGUUUGGGUCAAAAUGACACCGGAGAAUGGAUACUGGACUAUGGGCCUGACUGAUGGGAAUAAGUAUCGGGCUCUCACUGAGCCCAGAACCAACCUGAAACUUCCUGAGCCCCCUAGGAAAGUGGGGGUCUUCCUGGACUAUGAGACUGGAGAUAUCUCGUUCUACAAUGCCACGGAUGGAUCUCAUAUCUACACAUUUCUGCACGCCUCUUCCUCUGAGCCUCUGUAUCCUGUAUUCAGAAUUUUGACCUUGGAGCCCACUGCCCUGACCAUUUGCCCAAUACCAAAAGUAGAGAGUUCCCCCGAUCCCGACCUAGUGCCUGAUCAUUCCCUGGAGAUACCAGUGACCCCUGGCUUAGCUAAUGAAAGUGGGGAGCCUCAGGCUGAAGUAACAUCUCUGCUUCUCCCUGCCCAGCCUGGAGCUAAGGGUCUCACCCUCCACAACAGCCAGUCAGAACCAUAAAGCUACAGGCACACACUGAAGCACUUUACUGAUAUUCAUUCGAUUAUUCCAUAGGACAGUUGUUUGAGUUUGGUGCCACCUUAUUGUCCCCUUUAUACAGAUAAGGAAACUGGGGUGUAGAAAAGUGUAUUGACUUUACAAAGCAGACAGGAAUAGUGAACAACAGAGCUGGGAUCUGAACAACAAUGACUAACAUUAAUGGAGAAUUUAAAAUGUUCUGAGUGCUGUGUUAUGAGCUUUGGUGGGUGUCACUCCUUUAAUCCUCACAACACCCUGUCAGGUAGUCUCAUUUGGCAAGUAUGGAAGCAGAGGCAGGGCAACAUUAAGUAGCUUACAUAACUCAUACGGUAAUUUGUGCAGUUGGGAGAUGUUCAGCUUCAGUGCCUGGCCAAGUGCCCGUUCUUUUCCAGCCUGAUUUUUCCCGCAUGGGAAGAACCCACAUGUAGCCCUGAGUUUCCCUUCCCAGGACAGCUCCAGGAUCGAGAUCAUUGUGAGUGGUUGUGGAGUUAAGACCCCUAUGGACUCCUUCCCAGCUGGUUAUCAGAGCCUUAGACCCAACACUCCUUGGAUUGGCUCUGCAGAGUGUCUUGGUUGAGAGAAUAACGUUGCAGUUCCCACUGGGGCAUGUGACUUUGAAAGAGACUAGAGGCCACACUCAGUUAAUAAUGGGGAACAGAUGUGUUCCCACCCAACAAAUGUGAUAAGUGAUCGUGCAGCCAGAGCCAGCUUUCCUACAGUCAAGGUUUCCAGGCAGAGCAAAUACCCUAGAGAUUCUCUAUAAUAUAGGUAAUUUGGAUGAAGGAAGCUAGAAGAAUUACAGGGAUGUUUUUAAUCCCACUAUGGUCUCAGUAUCCUGGAAAAGGAUCUGUCCACUCCUGGUCAUUGGUGGAUGUUAAACCCAUAUUCCUUUCAACUGCUGCCUGCUAGGGAAAACUGCUCCUCAUUAUCAUCAUUAUUAUUGCUCACCACUGUAUCCCCUCUACUUGGCAAGUGGUUGUCAAGUUCUAGUUGUUCAAUAAAUGUGUUAAUAAUGCUUA